AAGAGGACGGGAUUACCCUCGAAAACCCACACUACGUUGAGGGCAAAUAAAAGAACAGUGUUCGAGGAAACAGAAAUCGGGCUGUUAAACCCUGUUCUGUUGGAAGGGCACCUUGAAAAAACCCUUCUCUAUUUCGAUCGCCGGAGAUUGAAACGAGGAAUUUUUAUUCUUCGUAUCAAUGGCGUUUAGCCGUAGCCUUUCCAGUAGAGCAACCCUAAUAGCUAGACGGUAUCAACCAUCGUUUGCCUACAUUUUCCAUGAUGAUGAGCGUAAGACUCAUCCUUCUACCGAGCCUCAAUCUACACAAAAGCCUGGUAAUUUUGUUCAACAAAGAUCUUUUGGAACUGGGUUUAGUAAUUCAUCCUCGGGGCUUUGUGGUCUAUUGUUCCAAGAUAGAAGAUGUUCCCAACUAGCCUUUCUCCCUGGAACUGGUGUCUCUUUUGGUCGGUUUAUGUCGACUAAGGUUAACGAUGGGGCGAAAGAGGUCGAGUUUAUGACUGAUGUUGCUGAAGCUUUUAAGGAUACUGCCAUUGAAGCUGUGACUUCGCAGGUUCCUGCUGUGAAUGAGGUUGCCAUUGCUGCUGCUGAUUGUUGGUUACCAGUUGCUACAUUGCAGUAUGUUAUUGAUGCGGUUCAUUCUUUUACAGGCUUCAACUGGUGGGCUUCCAUAGUAGUGACAACGCUUUUGAUUCGAAGUGCAACUGUUCCACUUUUGAUAAAUCAACUUAAAGCUACCACAAAAAUGACGCUAAUGAGGCCACGCUUGGAGGAAGUCAAGGAGCGGAUGUCAAGCAAGGGUAGUGAUGCCUUGUCAAUGGCUGAAGGUCAAAAUGAAAUGCAAAAGCUUUUCAAGGAAUAUGGCGUGACUCCAUUUACACCACUGAAAGGGAUUUUUAUUCAGGGUCCCAUCUUUGUCAGCUUUUUCUUGGCUAUUUCAACAAUGGCUGAGAAAAUGGAAUCAUUUAAAUCCGGUGGAGCAUAUUGGUUUACUGAUCUCUCUACUCCAGAUAGUUUAUACAUCUUUCCGGUUAUGACAGCGCUAACUUUUUUGUUAACUGUGGAGUGUAACAUGCAAGAAGGCAUGGAAGGGAAUCCUGCUGCUGCAACUAUAAAAAAUGUUUCUCGGGUCUUUGCUGUUCUUACAGUUCCGUUUACCAUGAGUUUCCCAAAGGCCAUAUUUUGUUAUUGGAUCACAUCGAAUAUAUUUUCCCUUGGAUAUGGAUUAGUGCUUAAGGCUCCUGGAGUGAAGAAGGCUUUAGGUGUUCCUGAAAUACCGAAGCAACCAGUCGAUACUGCACCACGGCCUUCUAUUGAUCUGUAUACGGCUCUCAAACAAACUCUCAAACAAGCCAAAACCGCAUCACAGCAGUCUACCUCGUUGCCCAUUGAACCAACAAAAGUUGCGAACCAAAUAACAUCAUCUUCAUCUUCUUCGUCUUCGACCAUCAAUCAGAGGCUUAGAAAUUUAGAGAAACAAGUAAAAGGAAGGAAGAAAAACAAGAAGAGGUGAGAAAAGCUAUUCUUCCGGAAAUUGAACUGCCAUUGAGGAUAUUAGUUUUAUAACUAAUGAGUAAUAGCAAUAUUUAUUUUAGAAAUUUGCAUCAUGUAUUAAUUUUUGUAGUCAUAUAAACAAAAAUGACUGAAUUAGUUUAUAUUCAUUGCGGGAGUUUUGAGGUUUUCUAUUUUCUCCGGAAUUUGGGGAUUUUUGUCUGUACCGGAUAACUGAUGUAUUCGCUGCAUUUGUGCUUUACGUAGGGAAGAAAAAUAAAUGACACUAUUGAGUGGAUUAGAAUAA